CCCCAGAAAUAAAUAUAAAACAAAAUGUUUGAAAAAACAAACAAACCUAUUAUAGCAUAUAAAAUAGCUGAUAGCAUUUAUUUGUAUUCUUAGUUCUAACAUUCGUACUAGGGGAGGGACCCUGGAAAGUAAGGACCACACUUGUGAUGCAGGAUCUUAAACGAAAUGAUUUAGGCAGAUAGCAAGGGUAAAAGAGUCUUCAGUAAGGCUUUCCUUUUAACAAAAAGCAGCCCCCAAAUCAUUUCCAACAAAGAGCAGCCUGAAAAAUCAAGCUGCAGCCUGAAAAGGCAAGCUAGAAUCUUGCACGGGUGAAUGCCAGCAGCUGUGCCAAUAGGAAAAGGCUACCUGGGGCUAGGCACGUUCAACAUGGCGGCUCCAUCUUCCCUUUUCUUUGCCAACCAUGUGUACAGUAAGGAACAGACAAUAUGGUGCUGGCCAGGUAAAGAACCCAUCUGCAUACUAAAAGAUCAGGGUUGGAUGGCCAGCUUCUUCAUGGACUAUGUAAAUGUCACACCUGCUCUGACCAAUCUCUCGGGCCCUAUGUGAAUCAGACACCACCUCCUGAAGCUCGUCCAUAAAACCCCAUGCAUUUCACCACGGAACUGGAAGACCCAUUCAGGUGCCCCUCUCUCUCUCUGCAGGAGAGAGAGCUAGUCUCUCUUUCUUUUGCCUAUUAAACCUCUGCUCUUAAACUCACUUCUUGUGUGUCUGCGCCCUCAAUUUCUCUGGUGUGAGAUGACAAACCUUGGGUAUUUACCCCAGACAAUGACACCACUUCAUUUGUUUUUACUCAUAUUUUCAUCUAGCACUUAAUAUUGUGACUGAUAAAGAAAAGGUAAUCAAUAAAUGUUUGUUAAGAGAAUAAAUUAAUGAAAGAACAAAUAAACUUUUAAAAAGAAUUGAAAAAAGCGGCACUUACUGGGAGGACUCCCAGCACUUACUGGGAGGCUGCGUUAUAGAGCACUACUGGCUUCGGACUCAACCCAGGGAUUGAAACAUGUUUUUACCUGUGUGGCUUGGGGAAAGUUUAUCCACCUUCCUGCAGGUUCCAAUUCUUCACAGCACUAUGGAGAGAAUAGUGCAUUGUGAAGGUACUGUGAGUUGGGUUAACUUGUGCAGAGAGUAAAACACAAUGGCAAGUACCUUUGGGCCUAAAGAUAUCUUAGGUCUCCUUCUUGCCACUGACUCUUUUUUUGUGAUUGGAAAAGUUACUUCCUCUCCCUGGGCCUCAGUUUCCUCAUUCUUAAAUAAUAAUUUUAAAAAAAUCCCUCAUGGGGCAUGGCUCCUCUCUCACUGCCUUCACUCCCUGCAGCCACUGGUGGUAUGCGCCCAGGUGUACCUGCCACUUCCCGCCAGGUCCUUGCUUUGUAUUUGCACCUGCCCCCCUUUUGUUUGUAGUCUAAGUGACACGGGUCUCCCUCUCUUUCCUCCAGCUGCAUCGCUCAAUCCUGCAAUGUGUCACUGUGGUGUGGAGCUGGCAUUCUGGAUGAUGUGGCAUGACCUCACACUGAUGCCAUUCCCCUCCCACCAAGCCAACCUGGCUUCCUCCUCCACCCAUGGAAUAAGCCAGAAUGCUGAAAGUGGGAGGGAAAUAGAGCACCAAGGUUAAGGAGGCAGUCCCUGACAUUUAUUAAUGGAAUUUCUGUUUCUAUGAUGAAUGUAGAGAUUUGAGGUGACUGCCUCUUAAGGUGAUAUGUAGGGAGAUGAUGAACCCCAGUGUUUUCCUUAAUGAUCCAUCAGUUUAGAGGAAAACAUACAUAUACAAAGUCAAUAUUGAAAAGACUGCAUAGACCUACAGAGUAGAGAGGAGGGGAAACAGAUGUGCUUGGACUUACAGCAGUGCAAAGGCUGCUGGAGCAGUGCCCUGAGCUGGCCCUUUAGGGAUGGAUAGGAUUCACUCAGAUUUGUGUGGGUGAAUAGACAGAGCCUUCCAGGGCUCCAAAACUGAUGGGGUUAUGGUGGAAUAGGGGUUGAAAACAAGAGAGAAAAAGAAAAAAAAUCCCUCAUGUGCCAGGGAUCUAGUCAAGGUAAAAUAAAUACCUUUAAAAAUACUUAAAAAAAUAAACAUCCAGGGCAGACUCUGGCUUUCAGCCAAGGUAGAGAAACAAAGACUGGAUUUACCCUCGCGCCUGGAAAAAUAAAAAUACUAGACAAUAUAGGUGAAACAACAGUUUUCAAGACACCAGACAUGAGGCACUGAAAGACAGUGACGCCUGAGAGAUGAGAAAAAAUAAUGUGAGCUCAAUUGCCCAAACUAUAGCCUUGAGAGAGUAUGUAGGCCAUAGAGCAGGAAGGGGGAACUGAGGCACUAGCAUUCUUCCUGAGUUGAAGAGACAGAGUUGAGCCUCCAGAGAGAUCAAGGCAGUUAAAGUUCAUAGGACAGAGCACCAGAGAGAAGAGAGAGAAAGAACUUCAAAGAUCUGUAAAGGGCUCCCCCUCAAGUCAUCAUCAGAGUACUGAUUAGUGCAAACAUGUCAGGAAAAUACCCAAAGCCAGGAAAAGAACCACCCAAAAAGGGGUAAAAGAAAUAGUACUGAAGUAACCCUCAUAGGGUUAACAAGAAUUCUGGACAGAAAUACAGUUAUAAUUAAGCAUUAGUCAGGCUGUGCUUUGACCUACUUCCUUGUAACUGAAAGUUACAGUAGCACUAGAUACUGACCACUUGCAUCCCCAUUAUUCCAAUAAGUAGGAUCUCAGAAAUUGCUUAAGUUGUUUUUUAGAUCCUAAAUUCCAGUAAAACACCUAAUGCCAACCAGCUUGAAGACCCCCAUAGAAGAAGUGAAUCUCAUGAGAAUACAAUUUCUUCAUCACCUUGUCCCAUGACUCUGAUAUAGGAGUUAAGAAGAAAUUACUUAGGCAGAUAGUGAGGGUAUGGGAGUUCUGGGUAAGGUUUUGCUUUUUAAUGAAAAGUAGCCCCCAAACCAUUUUCUAACAAAUAGCAGCCUGUAAAAUCAAGUUGCAGACAUAGAUA